CUCGUGCUGACAAGUAUCUGCUGUUUCCGUGCAGCUCGAUGCGGAAGAAAAACAGGGAGCACAGAGUUCCUGAAGAAAACUUAAACAGACCAGAGGCACUUUCCUCAGGAUUUUGUGUAAGAAUUGAGGGAUUUGACCUGUAAAGUCCAUACAGAUUACCAUGUGGCCAAACCAAGGUCCUCCACCAAACCCAGCCUACCCUCCUGGCUACAAUCCUGCAUUUCCCUCUGCUCCUGCUCCUGGUCUCUUUCCCCAACCUUCACAUCCAGCAUACCCUGCAGGCCAGUUCCCUGCAGGCCAGUUCCCUGCAGGCCAGUACCCUGCAGGCCAGUACCCAGCUGGAGUGAGACCAGGCAUGGUACCACCAAAUGUAACUCCAGGUGCGAUGCCUUACGGAGCUCCUGGGCUUCAUCCUUAUCCUAUGGCUCCAGGUGGAUUUCCAGGGGUCCCUCCUGCAGGUGUUCACCCAGGUCUAUUCCCACACUCUCCUAAAGGUGGUCACAAAGGCCACCACAAAGGUCACCACAAAGGUCCCCAUAAAGGUCAUCAUCAUGGAGGACUAAAUCCCAUGGCUGGAGGAAUGGCAGGAAUGGCAGGAAUGUCAGGGAUGGGGAUGGGGAUGGGGAUGGGGAUGGGUGGACAUAAAGCCCACAAAAAGAUGAAGAAGCUGAAGAAAGGCCAUAAGGGGAACAAGCAUCACAAACAUGGCAAGUCCUCAAGCAGCAGCAGCAGCAGCAGCAGCAGCAGCAGUGACUAAGACGAAGGCCACAGGUUCAAGACAGUUACAGAAAUGUUACUCUUCAGAAGGGCAUACUAGCUAUUAACACCAGAUGCACAGAUUUAUUUGACUCCCUUUAACAGGAUUUCUGUGAAAGGCAGUGUUUUAUUUAUUUUUUAUUUCUUUGUUAGGUGACUGAUACUAUUAAUGAACAUUUCUUGUAUAGGCAUUCCACAUUUUAAAUUCAUUUAUAUUUUUUGAGAAAUGUGUGAAAUGUGAAAUGAUUUGAAGAGAGGGACUUUAGUGAUGUGCAGAGGAUGUCCAUAAUAGACAACUUUGUUAUAAUCUGACAUUUAUGUAAAAAAGAUUUGUAUGGUGGAGGCUAUGUAUAUAGGAACAUACUAAAAAUGAUUGAUUUGUAUUUUAAUAUAUGGUCACUUUAUCAUUUAACUGCUGAGUCUUUAUCCUUUUUUGUAUCUGCACUAAUUGUAAUUCGAUGUAUUACAAGGGUAUUCAAUUGAAUCUGCUCAAUAAAUAAAUCUAAAUACGGUA